CAUCAAAAUUAGCAUUUUAUCUACUAUAUUAUUAUUAUAUAUAACUGUUGUUGACAAAUCCACGUGGUGUCUGCCCUGCCGCCAUGGCCAGCAUGCCGAAAGUGUUUGUACGCCAAAUCAAUGCGGGCGUGGUGUUGAGUCGCGAGCUGAGCAUGAAGAUCUUCAGCUACGAUGCCAUGAGUCAGGAGUUCUCGCAGCUGGACAAUGAAAUAUGCAAGAUACGCAAGCAGCAGGACGAUAUGGAGAACAGUCUGGCCGAGGCACUGGCGGAGGAUGAGUACGAGCGUUGUCUGAACUCAAGUUCACAGCAGCUGCCCCAGCAGUAUGUGCCCAGCGAGGAGGAGUUCUAUGAGAUAUUCAAGCAGCAUCUGAGUCGCAUUAUUGAGAAGCUGACUGCCAAAUACGAGCGCAAAAUCUAUUUGGAGCUAGACAUGCGUAAGUUGAAGCUUUGCAUUGAGAAGGGCAUUGUGGCAGCCAAUGAGGAGACUGCGGCAGCUGAGGCAGCCGCCAACAACUGAUGCGUCUUCGCAAAUGAAGUCGGUGGAAAUCUGUAUUUGAGUUUCAAUAUAUAUACAUAAAAAUCGCCCACAAGCUAGCUGAGAUAUAUUAAAAUUCAAGAGUUCAAGAGCUCAUUCGUUGUGGAAUGCAAUCAAAAUAGAAACAACUCAAAGGUUUCAACACACAUGCACACACACACACUCGCGCACAUUUUUCACAUUGUACUCGUUUUAGUUGUAAAUUGUCCUACUUCAAUAUACUAUACAAAUAUGUGUUUUUUUUUUUGCUCGUGCUGUGCAGUCGAGCACAAGU